AUGCACACGUGGGGGACCUCCGCGUCGAGCAGUGCUUCUGCAGGCUCGGAGUCCGACUUCGGGUGCGCCAGCUCCGACGGAGGGCGCGUGCUGCCUGGGCGGCUGGUGGACCCGUGGCGGGAUCCGAGGCCGCCGGCGAAGGCGGGUGGCCUGCGGCGGUCGGAGGAGCAGAGGCAGGCGACCGUCGUCACCACCGUGCUGAUUGCCAGGACGCUUCUGCGACCGUGGCCGCUGUUCAGCGAGGCGGUUGGAGAUGCCGGCGCUGAGUGGAAGCCGAUGGCGUCGCAGCUGCCAGAGAGCUCACAGCCGUUUGGCGCAGAGCAUCCGGUGAGCCGCCACCCGGGAAUUGGAGCUGCGCAGGGCAUCGUCGAGCGGAAUUGGCCACUGUGGGGAUCAGCCUUGCAGGGGGAUGAGGUGCCCGGUGGCAGCCUCGUGUUGCGCGAGUGCUUGUUGCUGUGCUUCCUCCAGGCCGCGGCAGCACUGGCCCUGUGCCGCCCACUGCGGAGGGGCCCCUGCUCAGGCGCUGUGCUGGCCCCGCUCCGCGAGGGCCUGGCGUACGCGGUCGUGCUGUUCGGAAGCACGCACCCGCUGGCGGUCAG